AUGUCUACCUCUACGGUCGAGAAACGAUAUCUACAUAGCACGAGCUACAGCGAAGCUGUAGUGUCGGACAACUACUCAUUCUCGCCAUUCAGCAGCCCCCUCACCAGCCUGAAGUUUCGAAACGGCAUGUGCUUGACUGCACAUCGAGAGUUCCUCAUCCAGAGCCCCAAGCUGGUCUCACUCAUCACUCGUCACGAUUCCUUCCCCGAAACCAUCAGCCUUCCAGAGGUUUCUUACGCUGCUGGCCAGAUCCUGGUUGCCCACCUCUACAGCGGCCGCUGGACGGAGCUGGCAUGGUUCGGGCCUGAUAGCGGCGGCCUCGAGGAUAUCGCCAGAUUGGAAACAGCCCUCGAGGUCUACCUGGCCGCCAGGAAAUACGAACUCUGCAGUCUCGAGGCUCUCGCUCAGAUCCACAUUGAGCAAGACGCAGCCAGGCUGGAUAUCUUUACUGUUAUCGAUGUCGUCAAGAGAGUGUAUCCCGUGCCUGACAACAACGACACUUGGUUCCAGCAGCAUAUCAAAUCCCGCAUCAAGGCCGAUUUUGACAAGCCGGACGCUGCUCUGCUGGCCAGGCUGGAUACCAACUUUGCUGAUGAGUCCUCUAUCAUCAAGCUGGUCUUGAAAGGCAUGCUCGAGGCCUAUCGGGAAAAGACUGAGGCUCUGGCCCAACAGGCUGCAGCGUUGAAGAGACCUUGCACACCAUCUAGUGACGGGUCUUUUGAGGAGGUUGAGUGCCCAUCGCUGCGGACUGUGGUUGAGGAUAAAGCUGUUGUCUGUAGCAAGGAGGACAGCCAAUCCACAUCUGCCCCCACGGCACCGCCUGCUUUGCUACCUACCGAGGUGGCCGUCGAGGUCUCAACAACACAUGCCAAUCCACUGCUCGAUAAGUCUGUUUACGAGAUUGCACCUGAGGCAUUACAUGCGACUGAAGAGCCGACAGUGCCGAAUGUUACUCCCGUGCCUGAGCCAGAGCUUGAGGCGCAAGUAUCGGACCACAACGGCAACAGCAGCGGCGCCACGACAACAGGGAUCAAACUGAAGAAGUGCAAACACAAGUCGACCAAGGCGCGCUGGGAGUGCAAGGCGUGCGGAAGGUGCACCAGACCCUCAUGUGUGUCAUGCAAGUGCAGGAUGUGCACGGCUAAAUGUCGUGAGGAAAACCAUCGAGCUGUUUCUGACCCAGUGGUUGAAGAGGAGGUUUUCCCUGAGGUGGUGCCUGAGGUCGUUGUGGCAGAGCCCGCUCCAGUCCAGGCGGAGGAUGAUGGCUGGGAUUUUGCGGGCACAAGUAGUAAGACCAUUGCGAGGAAUGCCCAGAUCGAUGCGGCGGCGGCGGCGGCGGUGGUGGUGGUGGCGGAACCAGAGCCUGAACCAAAGCCCGAACCGACGCCUGUGCCGGAACCACAGCCCAUUGUCGAAGAUAUUCCGCGAGACUCUCUUGAUAUCGCCAAUAACGACAGGAAAAAUGAGGCGAAGAAGGGGAAGCAGAAGGCUGUGGUUCGCCCAGAGACUGAACCCGUGAUGCGCGAGGUUGAGCCAAUCCCCCUGAUGGAACCGGCUGCAGGACCAAAAUCGAAGCCACCGAUGGAGGACAACCCCUGGGCGUUUCCAUCGACAAAGUUCACGAAAAAGAAGGCAAAGGCCGUCGUCGGCACUGGAUCGGAACCUGUAAGUGAGACCGGGAACGCCCAGCUCAUCGCCGAGAUUGAGCGUGGUUUUCCUCAGGGUGGGUGGGACUUUUGGGGAACGUCAAAAAAGCGAUAG